GAUGUUAGUACAAGAAGUAAAAGAGGUCCUAAUUGAACGAAAUAUGGCUAUGUUCUUGUUGUUCUAACAGAUUCUUUAACACUCUGAGACUCCGGGGCAUAUUAUGGUAAACACUUAACGACAGGCGAAUCUUUAUUGUGUCUAAGAGUGCAGUACAUGACGAAUACAUUUAGAAGAACGAAUGAUCGAAAAUUGUUCACCACAGUGCGCUUUUUUUUUAAUCACAUAACGGAUAAAACAGGGAAGUGUUAUGGUUGGUGACUUAAAGAACUUGGAGACAUUCAGACCGUCUGAGCUGUGACGGUUAAACAUACAUUUUGAUCAACCAAUUUGUUGCGAUGUUGUGAUGUAAGCUGAAGAAAGAAUCCACUCCACUCAUGGUGGACAAACGUCAUGAAUAGAGAGUCAUCAUACUGCUACGACUUUGAAAGAAGGAGGAGAAUUCGAAGCAUCUGAGUGAGGCAAACUUAAAAGUGACUCGCAAUCAAUAAUGAAAGUAUUGCUGGUUUAUGGGACCAUUUUGUGCUUGUUCUGGAGCUUAUUUCUUGUGUCAACAGCCUCUGAGCAAACGUCUCAACAACGCUUGCUGGCACAUUUGUUCGCAAGGUAUGAUGGGGACGGGCGCCCUAGCUCUGACAGGUCACGCGCUGUUCUCGUGUCGUUUGGCGCGAAACUCGUCAGGAUCAUCCAGUUGAAUGAAAGAGGAAAUACGAUUCGUUCUCAGUGGUGGAUUUACCAGCAAUGGUUAAAUUCUGACUUGACUUGGAAUGAAGCAGACUAUAAUGGCACCAAAGUAAUUCACGUGAGUCCCAAAAAGGUCUGGGCACCAGACAUCAUUCUGUACAACAGUGUACGGUUCGCUGACAGUGCUGAUGAUAACGACAAACUUGGUGGAGGAACAGAGAAGUACAAAACCAAGAUAGCAAUAAACUCCAAUGGAUCAUGCAAGUGGAUGGCGCCAGCGAUCUUUCAAAGCACGUGCGACAUCAAUACCAAAUACUUCCCUUUCGACGACCAGAUCUGCACGCUUAAGUUCGGGUCUUGGGCAUUUGAUGGCAGCGAGCUGGAUGUUGUUGUUGACGAGUCGGAGACUGGGGCCAAGGGAGACAUCUAUAGAAACAAUACAGAAUGGGAUUUGGCAAAAGUGACAGCUGUUAGAAUCGAGGACACAUACAGCUGCUGUGUUCACCCGUACCCAAGUAUCAUACUGUCACUUCAUUUAAGCAGGCGUUACUAUUUCUACAUGGUAAACCUUGUCGUACCGUGUUCCCUUAUUGCUCUCAUGGUUCUUCUCUCCUUCAUUUUGCCGCCAGAGUCUGGGGAGAGAAUAGGACUUGGUAUUACAGUUCUAAUGGCUAUGGCUAUCUUCCAGGAACUGACGUCAGCUAAACUGCCAGCGGAUUCAGAAUAUAUUCCGUUGCUAGCAAAGUACUACUCCAGUGCUAUUUUCGAGAUUGGUUUGGCUCUGUUUGCAACUUGUGUCAUUUUGAACUUUUUCUACCAACGUUGCGAAAUGCCUGGUUGGCUCAAACGGCUGAUGUUCAGUAUUCUGGGACCUCUGGUGAGAAUCAAGUAUGUACCUCAACCGUCUACCAAAACUCGCAAGAAAAGCCAAAAGGACUUGAUGGAAGAAAACUUUGACUUAGCUCCGCAAUCCGAUGGUUCUUAUUCGGGGCCCAUCGAGAUAAGGAAAAUGAAUGUCAUAAACGACAGUGCGUGUGAAGAAAAUGGUCGCUGUGCUGAGAUCAAGCCUUCGUCGCCUGUACACCUCAUACGUACUAGAACACGCAGUAGUGUUCGUGAGACUCCUAUUCUGAAUGAUCACGUGACAGAAAAACAACAGGGGAAAUAUGUGUUCGAGGCGGCGGAUAAGUCAUCUGCGGAUGAAAUAAACAAUAUUACUGACUGGCAAAUGGCUGCAAAAAUAUUGGAUCGUGUUGUGCUCGUCCUCGGGAUUUUGAUCAGCAUUGCAACUUUCCUCACAAUUUUCAUUCAAGCACCAAGAGUGAGAGCAAUGUUUUCUUUAAAUUGAAAAGUGAUCGCCCCCUCUUUCAAAUGAUCUCUUCUUCAAGGUGGGGACACUUGAUGAUCACGGAAUAAUUUCUCAAGCCUCUUUGACGCGCUCUUCUUUUCACCUCUAGUCAUUUUUAAAGAAGUGAUAUGUUUUGGUCGUCCUAGGACAAGUUUAAAAAAACCCGCCUUGUAUGAAUGACACUAUAUCACUGAAAGCGAAAUACUCUUAAUGAGGCUGGAUAUAGUUUCUUUGGCGCGCGCAGACUGGGUUCUAAUUUACCCGGGAGUUUUCAAAGUUGCAAAA